AUACUCAGGCAUUGUUGGGGGCAGCUUUGGGUCCUGUGUCGUGGGGAUGCGUAAAGCGUGACGAUAGGAUCACAGACGGAUCGGGCCGAGGGACAGAAUAGCGCUUUCGCGCUCCGCGGCGAGGCAAGAGGGAGGGAAACUCCGGAGUGGAGACAAAGCAGCGGGAGCGGGAACAUCCGGGUCACUCGCGCGGCCUCGAUCCGGGACACGCGCGGCGGCGGCGGCUCUCGUUACUUGAAAAGUUACUGGGUUUCUGAUGUUCUGCAGAAGAUCCACUGUUUAUUUACCCGAGGGACUCUGAAUAUGUCUGGCAUAGCUCUUAGCAGACUUGCACAGGAGAGAAAAGCCUGGAGAAAAGAUCAUCCAUUUGGAUUUGUAGCAGUACCUACAAAAAAUCCAGAUGGCACAAUGAAUUUAAUGAACUGGGAGUGUGCUAUUCCAGGAAAGAAAGGGACACCAUGGGAAGGAGGCUUAUUUAAACUACGGAUGCUUUUCAAGGAUGACUACCCUUCUUCACCCCCAAAGUGUAAAUUUGAACCACCGUUAUUCCACCCAAACGUGUAUCCUUCAGGCACCGUGUGUCUCUCCAUCUUAGAGGAGGAUAAGGACUGGCGGCCAGCAAUCACAAUUAAACAGAUCUUGUUAGGCAUACAAGAACUUCUAAAUGAACCAAAUAUUCAAGACCCAGCUCAAGCAGAGGCUUACACAAUUUACUGCCAAAACAGAGUGGAAUAUGAAAAGAGGGUUCGAGCACAAGCCAAGAAGUUUGCACCAUCAUAAGCAUUUGUCACGCAGCAUCUUAAAAAGGAAGGGAUUGGUUUGGCAAGAACUUGUUUACAAAACUUUUGCAAAAUGUAAUGUUGCUAUGUACAAUUGAUAUCCACAUAAGGGGAGGGGGUUGUAUGUGUGCCAUUUUCCAUAUUCGCCAGUUGUAUACAGUUCUAAAUUUGCUGAAUUGCCCCCAGUUUUUUCAUACAGGGUCUCUUCCUUCAGUCUUUUGUAUUUUUGAUUGUUAUGUAAAACUUGCUUUUAUUUUAAUAUUGAUGUCAGUAUUUCAACUGCUGUAAAAUUAUAAACUUUUAUACUUCUAUAAAUUCACUAGUAUCUCUAGUUACUUUGCUAUCUGAUGCAGGCAUGCUUUAAAAUGUUAGAACUAUAUUUAGCCUCUAGCUGGCUGUAUGAAAAAAAAAAUCAUGCCCUCCACCCCCUUCCCUCCCUGAAUUUGUUUUUUCUAUCUUUCAGAAACUAGGUUGUUAUUGCUUAAGAGCCUCUGAGAUCCAAAGUUAGCCAGCAUCCUUAUUCUGCAUCACUUUCUUUGUGUUUAUAUGGCAUUCUGUCUGUGUUGCUGUUUAGAGUAAAUAAACUGUUUAUAUAAAGGG